AUUUAGUAAGUAAUCAUAUAUUUAAUCUAGCCCCUUUUUGUAUUUUGUUGUACAGUUUGGACCUCGGGUAACAGCAAUACCAAUUCAGCUACCAAGGGAUAUGCUUGACUUUGGACCGGAAACGGCUUCUUUUGAUUGUCAGUCAAUGCUGAGUUCCAGUUCGGACUUCAGUGAAGUUGCACCUGUGUUAGGCACACCAGUAACAGGGGAUGUUUCCAGUGCAGCCUCUUUGUCAGACUCGGACAGUUGGGCUUCUUUUCCAUUGUCACAGAUGUCACCCCCACCCAUGAAAAGACAGAAGAGACUUUUGUUUGAUACCAAGAAGAUUCUUAGUGAAUCUCCAGAAGGAAAGAGUGUCACUCGGAGCAUCGAGCAAUCUGGAUUCUUGACGAAAAAAGUCAGGCAUCAACUAGUCAGGAUAUUAGUGAGCUACUUGAUUUCCCAUCAUGGAAAAAACCCUGGUGCAUUUGAAAAGAGUGCUCUGGCUGAGAGUGUGAUUGCUGCAUUCCCAAGCCUGAAAGACCCUCAAGGAAUCACAGGAUAUGAAGCCUUUUACACUAAAGGAUCCAAAGGAUGCCCUGCAGGUGGUUAUCUUGAAGAACACUUGCGUUAUGUGAGGAAAAAUAUGAUAAGAAAGGAGGAAGUUGGAGAGCAUCAAGGAAGGAAGGAGGAAGUUGGAAAGCAUCAAGUUAAUGCAAGUGCAGCAACUCCUGAUGAACCCGAUGAGAAGCAAGAGACAGCCGAAGAUGUACUUGCAAAGGUUCAGUGGCUAAAGGACAACUGUGCACCUACUACCAAAGUCAAAGAGUACAUGUCAUUGACAUCAAAGCACAGGGCAGAAUGGGUGAAAGAUAGGGAAGAACUGUUGCAGAAAUCUUGGAGGAGUUCCCCAGGCUGCUUGAUUGAGCAAGACUUCCAGCUGAUGUACCCAAAAGUUGCUGACAGACUGACUGACAAAUGGGGCGGCUUGUCGGACUCACUGAUAGAUUAUGCCACACAGAUGUUUCCUCUUUGGAAGGAUGUGUUAGGUCUUGAUGCCAGUACUGAUGUAAAGAAACUGACAGAAGAUGAGAAGAUCAACCUGUCAUUCUUUGUCAUUCCAAUGAUAUUUGAUGGCUGCGACAAAAAGAAAACUGGUGGCAGAUUUGGGCCAAAGGAAACAAUGAAAGCCUUUAUUGAUGUACAACUG